AUGCCGUCGGCGACCAUGGCGGCCAACCGCAUGAGUAUGAAACCUGCAUCGGUUGCAUCGAUAUCAGGCCCCCAAGACGAACUCAACACCCACCUGGGAAUGCUCCCAUCGUCACCAAAUAUCCUUGUGUUGCCCGCAGUUGGUAUACCAUCUAGAUUUUCUCCAAAUAGCCCGAUAUCACCUUCUGGAGAAUAUCCUACGAUCGAUGUCAGAGAUUUGGUCUUUUCAGCCUAUGCCGCCUAUGCCGAAAGACAGGAACUGGCGGAAGGAUUUGUAGUAAAUCAUCCUUCAAGAGGAGUUAUAUUGCAAAAAGGAUGGAUUACGUUACUGGCAGAGUGCGCCCAGCUUUUGCUGGAGACGAGGACUUGCGAGACGGUAGAGGAAGCCGUGGCAGCGGUUAAGGCUAUCUGCGAUGGGGGUAUUGAGGAGGUUGAGACCGAGGAGGAUGUUGAAAUCGAGAUCGACAUUAGCGACACUGACACCGACAAAACACCGGUUAUCGAAGAAGAGCCAGAACUGGAGGAGGAAUAUGGUGAGAACCCGCUAAAGCCACAGGCCAUCACACGGUUGUCCCGAUCUUCGUCUAUGACUUCAAACUCUUCGAGUUCAGGAAGAAGUAGAUUUAGGGCAUCGGAUCGGUCGCUGAGUUCUGCUACAACAAAAGUCGAAGACCCAAUUGAUGAGAUGGAUGAGGAUAAGAUGGUACCCCUGAGGAUGAGCAGGUCAACAAUUGAUCUACACCUACCACGGUCACACUCUCAAGCGUCUAUGCGGGAUCGAGAUAGUAUGGUUACUCCCCCACCCGGUGCCAUUCUUUCGACAUGCGGCAAGCGAAGGAGUGGAGGGAACGGGCGCGAAGGGAAAAGAUUCCCCGUUAGAGCCGCUAGUAUGGACAAUCUAUCCGAGUUCGCACUCGCAGCCAUAAAUGACGAAAAGACGCCUCCGACUCUCAAUGGUUCUACUCCAAGGUUCAGUUUACCUGAGAAGAAGCGGAUCGGGGAGAAGUUGUCUGACGAGAGGCUGAGUUUGACCUUGAAGAGGUCCUCGGAGCCUCCGGAGCAGUUGCUUAAGGAUCGCACCGUCGAGAAGUGGAAGCCGCAGUUCCAGCAUACAAGGAGUGCGAGCGCUAGCACCCACAAACUCUCUAGGGACUCUCUUCUUAGUUCUGGUAAUUCGCCGCGGAUCUCAGCGCAGUCUUUCGAGAGCCGGAGUUCAACACCAACAAGAUGGAGCGACGAGAUCCCAAAGAAGACCAAGAAGGUUAUGGAACGACGAAAGGUCAAAACUGUCAAAACUCACCCUCCUCUCAAGUUCCAGGAAGAUGUCAUGCUAUUUCUUCACGAUACGGAAACAUCACCGACCUUCAUGAAGUUAGUUGAUGCAAUAUCUAUCUCGAUUAAUAGUAUUCCUUCAACGCCAUUCACGCCAUCAUUCCCUUCACCUUCUACCGCUUACCCUUCGCCACCAAUUUCGCCAACAACCCCAACUAUUGUGGUAGAACAAGCUGCCGAUAGAAGAAUGUCAAUUUCUUCUAGUUCAGGAGUACCGAGACUUAGCCUUUUCCCACGGCCGAGGACAAGAGAUUCGGAUAGAGAGCCAGAGAACUUUGCGGACCUUCUGAAGACGAGAUCCAGACCACCAACGAAGGAGCUUCCUCCAAUUCCGACAACUAGGCUAAUUACGCCAGUCAAGAAGAUCGAUGUUGGAGACGAAUCACCCCUCGUUAUUCAGAAUGAAAUCCGGGGUAUAUUGGGAGACAGGAUGACUGCGGUGCGAAAAUUCCCGACUGUGGUUCAGGGUUUGGCUUUAGGUAUGGGGUUGGGGUUGGGGCUUUUGAAUUACGGAGGGGGCGAGUCAAUGGGAAACAGGUUCUGGUCCCCUGUACUCGGUGGCUAUGGCGCGGGAGCCUCUGUUGAUCUCAUCUAUGCUAUUGGAUAUGAGCGUGGGUGUGAAAAAUGGGGGCAGAGAUUAGUGCAGCGGGUUACAAGUGGCGUCGGAAGAUGUGGACCAGCCCACUGUGUAUCCUUAAGCUACCUUCUUUCCUUGUCACUACGCCAACUUAAUCCGUCCGCUCCAAAUUAUACCUCUCAGGUCCACGCGGCACUCUCUGGGAAGUAUCUUGUUCCGCAACUUGAGGAUUACUUGUCCGUCAAUUCGAAUACUAGAUGUUUGGUUAUCACAUUCGAUGCUGCCACUGUUCCAAACACCAACCUUGAACCCCUCCGUGAGCUUCGUAGAGUUUUGGAUGGAACCCACCCAGAUUCUAUUUUCAAAAUCAUUUCAGUUAUCGGAGGUCCGGUCAAUGGAAAGGAGGAAGAGCCAGUAUCACCAAAGGCAGACUCCAAGCGUUCGUCUAAGGCACCUUCGCACUCCCCGACCCGUGGAUCAUACCGAACAAGCCCAGUUUCGAGAAAGCCCCCCCAGAAUGUCCUCUCAUCACCUCCAAGACCUAGCUCCCGUGCCACCUCACCAGUUGAGAGGACUCCACCCAGAAAGCAGAAAUCGAAUGCCGCGUUAAGGGCAGACGAGAAGACGCUUAUGCGCAGACGUGAGUUAGAGGCACUAUCCAACAUGCUCAUUAUUCAAAAGACAGAUGACCAUGACGCAUUCGAAGCACAUGUCACCAGAGUUUCUGAGCAACUCCGUGAGCGUGAAGAGAAAACGGGUUCAUACAAGGCGUUCGAAUCUACGUUUGAGGAACCAGUGCCAAUUGAAGAGCCCGAAGACGUACCAGUUCCAGAGUACACCUCUCAACCGGAGGAUGAGUAUGAAGAGGAAGAGGAGGAGGAGGAGGAGGAGGAGGAAGACGAUCCGGAAACUAACUAUGGGAAUGUCUUGAUGACUGUCGACAUCCCACGACAGCAACAGACACAGAAAUCCCGCUCGAGCACCUGGAGUAAGAUGUGGAGCCGCGAGGGAAAGAAGAGCAAAUCAAAAUCCAAUGGCCAAGCGCACUAUGCAUCUCAAGAGCAAGUGCAAGGCAGCGCCAAAGCGUUUAAGCUCCUUGGAUUGGAUAACUAA